CAUCACUUUUCUCAAGGGUCGCACUGGCUUGUUGGGAUCAUCGCUAAGCUGCUGAGAUCGGCGGGUAGAACGGAGGAGUCGGUGGACAGUCUGUUAACAGCACCGCUGGAAAUGACCCUCCCACCGGCGGAACAGCCCGGUUACGUCACACUCGCUGCCAAGUCCUCCCGUCGCAUCUUAAAGACCAACCUCCCAAUCCGCUUCGCGCCGCGGGGGAUAUCCAAGCCGCGGAACAAGGUAAAGGUGCUGGUGAUCAUGAGAAACCCGAAGGACUCCGCGGUGUCAUAUUACCACUUCAGCAGGAAACUCCGUCCGCUGCUGGGCAUGGGAGAACCCCCGGCCUGGGAGGAGUACGCUCGAGCUUUUGUGGGCGGACAAAAUUCAUACGGAGACUUCUGUGACCACGUGUUGGGCUGGUGGCAGAUGCGGGACGACCCCCAUUUCCUGUUCCUCAAGUACGAGGACAUGAAAAAGGUGUGGUUUAGUCUAAAAAUUAAGUGUAGCCUAUAACAAAAAAGGUGUGGUAUAGUCUGAAACUAAAGUGUAGCCUAUAACGAAAAAGGUGUGACUUAAUCUGAAACUUAAGUGUACCCUAUAACGAAAAAGGUGUGGUAGAGUCUGAAACUAAAGUGUAGCCUAUAACGAUAAAGGUGUGGUAAAAUCUUAAAACUAAAGUGAAGCACAUAUGA